AGUAUUCGACUCCGGAAACGACGUCAGCCUUCUGUUUACGUCGUAUGAGUCGUAUUCAGAUAAAUCUCGAUGUAUUGAAUUUUAUUUUUAGACACGUUUAUACAAAUAGAAACAUACCUCACAAUUUGUUUGAUCGCAAUGGGCGGUCAUGGUGUGAUGACGAACGAGGAAUCAUUGGAUUACUCCGUGCACGAGGCGUGGAAUGAGGCCACCAAUGUCUAUUUGCUCGUCAUUCUGGUUAGCUUCGGACUGCUAAUGUAUGCUAGAAAAAAUAAGAGGAAGAUCAUGAGGAUAUUCGCUCUGCCCCCCACAGCUGGAGCCACGACCGAACCGAACUUCUAUGACAGUCUGCAGAAAGUGAGACUCCGCCAGCAGCUGGAGAUGUACUCUCUUGCGAGGAAGUUUGACCAGCAUCAACACCAAGGCCAGAGUGAGAGUGUUCAGCUCUCUAUGGAAUGAGACUACAACAAGGUAGCGUGGCCCAUCAUCAUGCCUGCCCGCUCCACCCUGUCUCUCCAUCCCUAAGCCUCUUUGGCUUUGGUAAGUCUGAUCAUUACUACACUCCUGAAGAGGGCAUGGGUACCAAGGAGGAGGAAGUCGAGGGUCAAGAAAGGUUUCUGUGAUUUAAGACUGUCGUCAAAUCGUUUGUGUUUGCACAAUUGUUGCUGUACGAUUUGAAACAAGGACUAUAAUGGAUUUGGAUAUGAAGAAUUACUGGAUGUUCCCCCUACAACAUCUGUGUUUUGUUGUUGUUUUUGCAUUUCUUUUGCCUUUUUUAUGUAUUUUAUGAGUAAUUUUUGUAUUUUAUUCAAUGCCUUAUUGGAUUAUGUGUGGAUUUGUCGCCCCAUAGUGGUUUUAGGAGAACCUACAUCCAGUGUUCACGGUACAUCCUGUACAGUGACAAUUCAAAUAAGUGUUUGGUUGUCAAGAACUGUUUCAUUUCCCAGUUUCUGAUCAUCCUAUAGAUUCCUUAUUAUGGCAUUACUGCUGGGAAAGUGUUGAGAGGGUCAAAGUUGACUUUUACCCAAUCCAAUUGCUUUUUCUAAAAAGGAAAUGAAUUGCUAUUAUUACUCUGGUUCAAAAUAAUAAAAAAAACAAGGGACCAAUGAAGGACCAAGGAAUUUAAAA